UGACGGCCCCCGGGCGCAGCGGCGCGAGCGAGGACCUCCCGGCCAGGUGCCGCGCGAUGAGUCGAGCGCCGCCGCCGCCGCUAUCCGCGGUGCUGAUGCCGCCAGGUGCGCUCCGUUCCGCCGUCUGCUAGGGCGGCCCGCGCCCGCCGCUAUCCGCGGUGCUGAUCCCGCGCCCUCGGCCACCGCUUGCCUGGAGGAAGCGUGCGGUUUGGAUUUUUAAAAAGCCAUUCUUUAUUUAGAUGACAACAUCCUCGCGUCUCUUCUGUGCCAAAGGGGCCCUCGGGCCGUCCGUCUCCCCCUUUGCUCUCCCCAACUUGGCGCGCCCUCCCUCCCAUUCCUCCUGACACUCCCACCACCCCCCCUCGGCUCGGCGGCUCGGCGCGAUGCUGCAGAAGACGCGCUGAGCCCUUUUGGAUCUAAUGCGCAGAGGAGGUUGGCCCAGAGCUCCUGGGCUCCCCCAAGGCUGAACUCCGUCCAAGGUGCCCGCAGGCUCCCUGCCCGCCUUCCCCAUGCCAGCCCGCAGCUAGGGGCAGGGGCAGCGGCGGCUGGGGUUGGGGGUGGGUGGGGAGCUUUUGGGGAGGACAGGUCGCAGCUUGGCUAUGGAAGGCUCCAAUGGCUUUGGGAUCGACUCCAUUCUCUCCCACCGCGCGGGCAGCCCCGCCCUUCCCAAGGGGGACCCCUUGCUCGGGGACUGCCGUUCGCCCCUGGAGCUGAGUCCACGCUCAGAGAGCAGCAGCGACUGCUCUUCGCCAGCCUCUCCAGGAAGGGACUGUCUGGAGACAGGCACCCCGCGGCCUGGUGGGGCAUCCGGCCCAGGUUUGGACUCCCACCUGCAGCCGGGGCAGCUCUCAGCGCCGGCCCAGUCGCGCACCGUCACCUCCUCCUUUCUGAUCAGGGACAUCCUUGCCGACUGUAAACCACUCGCGGCCUGUGCACCCUACUCUAGCAGCGGGCAGCCGGCAGCCCCUGAGCCUGGGGGCCGUCUUGCCGCCAAGGCUGGGGAGGACUUUAGAGACAAGCUGGACAAAAGUGGCAGCAAUGCCUCGUCAGACUCUGAGUAUAAAGUGAAGGAGGAGGGCGACCGUGAGAUCUCCAGCUCCAGGGACAGUCCCCCAGUGCGCCUGAAAAAGCCGCGCAAGGCGCGCACGGCCUUCACCGACCAUCAGCUGGCGCAGCUGGAGCGCAGCUUCGAGCGGCAGAAGUACCUGAGCGUGCAGGACCGCAUGGAGCUGGCCGCCUCGCUCAACCUCACCGACACGCAGGUCAAGACCUGGUACCAGAACCGCAGGACUAAAUGGAAGCGACAGACGGCCGUCGGGUUGGAGCUGCUGGCGGAGGCAGGCAAUUACUCAGCGCUGCAGCGGAUGUUCCCGUCGCCUUACUUCUACCCGCAGAGCCUGGUUUCCAACUUGGACCCCGGCGCCGCGCUCUACCUGUACCGCGGCCCCAGCGCGCCGCCGCCCGCCCUGCAGAGACCUCUGGUGCCCCGCAUCCUCAUCCACGGACUCCAGGGCGCCGGCGAGCCGCCCCCGCCGCUGCCCCCGCUGGCCGGCGUCCUCCCGCGCGCCGCGCAGCCUCGGUGAGGGCCCCG